UACCAGGGAAGCAAGCUGAUAUCAUAUCAUAGGCUUUUGAGAUAGUUGUGGGCUUUCGCGUCCGCAUUGCUUGGCAAUUUCACACACCUUCACCCAAACUUCUCAACAACUCCAACCUUGCCAUCGCCAUCGACCUGCCAGUAUCACCACCAAUCCUGUGCUUCUGCCAGUCGCCAUCACGAUGUCGACCAGCGACAGCGACCGGGAAGAUGAAGUCACCACCUCCAGUCCAUUGCGGUCCAUUGACUGCAUGGAAGAUGAGACCUUCAUCUUCGGGGCUACGCAGCUGAUCCAAGCUCUUCCAGUCAACUGCGACGAUCAGGAUGCCCUUCGCACGAUCCAGUUCGUCCUCACCACCGUCAACAAGGAUGUCUCUAAGCUCGGAGAUCUCAUCGAUAUCAUCUAUGACCACGCAGACCCAAAAGACCCGCGCGAUAACAAGACACUCUUCCUGUUCACGAACCUACUGCGAGAAUUGUCAGGAACAGACUUUUUCGUGAACCGUUAUACCACAAGAUCUACCAAAAGAUCUGCCUCAGCAUUUGCGUUGGAGACUAUCUCCGCAAGGUGUUACAAUGGCUUUAAUGCGACAGCGGAUGCUUUGGGCUGGGAUUGUCGACCUUUCUACUUCAUUGAGGAACUCGCUGGUUUGGGAGUGAGGCAGCUCGUCAAGGCCAGGGUCAGGGUGGCCGUCCAAAUUAUUCUAGACACGGCAUCUAAGUCUCAGUUCCUUUUUGAGCAGUGGAACUUCAGACUGUUUGUGCGUCUCAUGACAGCUCAUGGGUCCUUGGUCAACACCGAAUGCAUGUCCGUUAUCAUGAGUCUGGUCACUCAGCGAGCCAAGGAAGAGUCACUGGGCACGCAGCUGAUGGUCGCCGGACUUCUGAGUGUGCGCGACAAGGAAUGGUCAGUGGCUACUGCACUCGGCCAAGAGACAUCCGUAAAGCUUAAGGACAAAUAAUAGAUGCCACGUGCCUAAGGAUGGCGGGCAGCAGGA